AUGCAAUCCACUCCCGAGAAUCUGGGACCUGUCCGCGCGCGCGUGUCGAAUGCGUGCGACAACUGCAAGCUGAGAAAGGUCAAAUGUGACGGGCAAUUGCCCUGUAGCUACUGCACGCGACGUCAGAGAGGCCAUGCUUGUCGUUUCUCGCCUCCGAUCGGACGCCGUCUGAACGGACAUGGACGCCGUCCGUCUCCACCAUCUUCACUGUCAAAAUCUGCUUCAUCAGCUCCGCCCGAGGUCACUACCCCUCCGAACACCAGGGCCGCUGCCGCUGGGACUUCGGCUAGUUUUACUCACCGCAGUGAUGCAUCCGCCGAGGAAGAGGCAGAAGUGCCUCGGGAGGCGCGCCUCGUCUCUGAUGCACAGGGCAAACUGAUCUUCAUUGGCGACUGCGCUCCGCUCUCGCUAUUCCAAACAGUGAGGCAGAUCGUGACUACUCGCGUCGACCCUGAUGCUUUUGCUCCGCAGACGAGUCGGGUCUCGAUGCUGGAGAACGUUAGCUCCCUAGUCACUUCGUCCAACUGGAGGGAGCCCGACGUGAAUGCUUCCAGGAUCGGGCGGCUGGUUUCCACCUUUGUCUCUGUGACUUCCGCGCUGGUCGACUUCUUUGACAAUGCGCGCCUUGCCAGUGACAUCGCGGCAUGGCACACGCGAAUACCACAGUUGUCGGAUGUGACGUCGGCAGUCAACUACCUGGUCUUGGCUAUUGGGUCACAGUCAGAUGAUGAAGAGUCUGCUGCUGGCUACUUCUUGCACGGGAAGAGGUUGGCAUUGUCCAGUCUCGACGGUAACCUGAGUGUCGAGACCAUCGAGGCCUUCAUUCUCGUCACUGUCUACAUGUUGCGCGCAUGUCAGAUCAACGGCUCAUUCCUCUUCUUUGGGAUCGCCGUGCGGGCUGCCUACUCCGUUGGGCUGCACAGGACGGAAGUCAACUGCCGCUUCGGUGCUGAAGUACACGCACAAAGGGAUCGCCUGUGGAAGAGCCUGCGGGUUCUUGAUCUUUUUCUCAGCAUAUCCAUGGGUCGGCCACCGGCUUCUUCAGAUGGCGACUGCACCGUUCCGUACCAUGUUGCCGAAAGCGACGGAAGCGAGAAAUUCGAUCUGUUGAACGCGUCAGUUCAGAUUCUCUUGAUCGCUGAAGGCAUUGUCAUCGAGCUCUACUCCAGGCGGAAGGUCUCCUUGCAACUGACCGAAGGGAUAUCGCAUCAACUACGACAGUGGUCAAACAAGUGGCUAUCUUCUCUGAGACGAGUCAUUUUAGAGCCCUCAGGGGACUGUCGUACCGAGGUGGCUGGUGCGUGCCAGGUCCUGUCUUCGUAUUACUACGCCGUAAUGCUGGUAUCCAGACCCUUCCUGAUGUACGAGCUGUGCAAGAGACUACCCGAAAGUGCAACAGGGAGUCAUUCUCCCAUUCAGAACGGUGAUGGCAGUUCUGGAAGAUCACGAGUUGCCAAUGCCUGCAUCGACGCAGCAUGUGUGAUGGUUGAGAUGGUUCACGAUCUUGUCAAACGAGGGCUUUUGGACGGGCGCAUGCCCCUUAUUGUUUCAUGGCUUUUCGCGUCAUCAUUGGUGAUUGGUGUAGGUCUCAUUGGGGGUUUUGGACGAUCGAUACUGGACAAGUACACGCGGAUGUCCAUUGCUGCGCUGCAUUACUUCGCAAAGAAUGAUGCGCACGCAUUGCAGUAUUCUCUCAUCGCCGAAUCACUACUGUCCAUCGCGCUUGAAUACCUGGAUGCGAAGGAAACAGAGGAGCGCCGCCGUAUCACAGAGCACUCUUCGCAGCUGUUCGGGCUGAUGCCUGAGCGACAGACUGCCAGAGAUGGUCCCACGCCCACGACUGCCGCGGAUUUUGGGUCUUCUCUUCACGGUCCUCGAGAAAAUGCGACCUCAAGUGCCGAGCCCGACCACUCGUGGAUGUAUACCCCCUUUGGCGACCUCGACCCAGCAGUAUUCUCAUUGAGUGGCUCGAUCAUCUCUCAUUCAGAUUCAUCCCUUCCAAACCAGGAUCCUCAUUCCGAGGCGGACCAGCUCUUCGGUGCGCUCAAUCUGUUCCCUCUACUCGACGGGAAUGGUCAUAUCGAUUUGGCUCAUUACCUGUCAUAA